AGAGUAGGGAUGAUGUAGGAAUUACGCAAAGAAUUGAUAUCUUGGCAGCAAAAGAUGAUAAAGGGAUAGCAGAUUUUGUAUGUGGGGAAAAGUGUCAACAGUGACAUUAAGAGCCGCAGUGUUCUAGGUGAGAGUUAGUGCUACGACAAUGACCUUCGCCCUGUGACUGAGAUCAAGAUGGAAGGCCUAACUGAUGUUGCCUCUUUUUCAACUAAACUUCAAAACACUCUGAUCCAGUAUCAUAACAUUGAAGAAGAUAAGUGGCGAGUUGCCAAGAAAAUGAAAGAUGUAACAGUUUGGAGAAAACCCUCAGAAGAAUUUAAUGGGUAUCUCUACAAAGCCCAAGGUGUUAUGGAUGACAUCGUCAAUAAUGUGAUAGAUCACAUACGUCCAGGGCCCUGGCGCUUGGAUUGGGACCGGUUAAUGACUUCACUGGAUAUUUUGGAGCACUUCGAAGAGAAUUGCUGUGUGAUGCGUUACACCACUGCUGGCCAACUUCUGAAUAUUAUUUCCCCAAGAGAGUUUGUUGAUUUCUCCUACACUGUGGGCUAUGAAGAAGGACUUUUAUCCUGUGGGGUUAGUCUUGACUGGAGUGAAACGAGACCAGAAUUUGUUCGUGGCUAUAACCAUCCCUGCGGCUGGUUUUGUGUUCCGCUUAAAGACAAUCCAAGCCAGAGUCUUUUGACAGGCUAUAUUCAGACAGAUCUGCGUGGCAUGAUCCCUCAGUCUGCAGUAGACACAGCAAUGGCAAGCACACUAACCAACUUCUAUGGUGAUUUGCGAAAAGCCUUACGGAAGGCUUAAUAUGUUCAAUUCACAGUGCUGAGGUUUGCUGAGCCUGCUCUUCCCUCAGCUGCAUGACCUGUAAAUGCCAUCAACCCUGUCUGCUGCGCAGCCCAUAGAAGUGUUGGAGGUGUUUGGGGCUCCAUAGUAUAAUCUCAUUUUAUAUUAAAAGUGAGUAGCUAUGUAAAUAGUGCAUUUAAAAUUUUUUAAGCUUUUCUUUGCACUUGUUUGGUUGUGGAAGUGUGUCUAGGAAUGGGAAGGAUGAAAUACCAAGAUUUAGAUUCAGUGUUGUCAUUCACAGAAGUAAAACAGCUCCUCAGGAGGAAAUUUUUGGCUGCUUAAAAAUUAUGAAGUGUGCAAGCACAAUGCUAUUCAUGUUAUUUUGGCGCUUUUUGAACAUUUUGUAAAAUUUUAAUGGUUCUUAAUUUAACUGUUCUACUUUAGUCUUGGUAUGUUAUGUGAGUUUGCCAAUAGUUUGGACAAAAGGAAAAAGUCUUCCAUGGUCUGUAAAGACAAAGUUCAUUGUUCAUUGACUUGUACUAUUUUAUGUAUUAGAAAGCACAAACAACAAGGGAAUAGCUGUUCUUGUAACCAUAGGCACAAUUCAAUACAGUUUAAUUUUGAUAUUCUUGUACAAAGCUUGUAAAAUAUACCUGUGUCUUUAUGUGCAUUUAUUCUAGGAGUGACUGAAAACAGCCAGGUCUACACUGGUGGCAUCACACUGAACAGUAGUUGAUAUAGGAAACAGCUAGUGGUGCCCCUCAUACCAGCAGAAGGUCGUUGCUAAAAAGUGAAAUUCAGUGACUGUUCUACACAUAUUUCAGUUUUUAAAAUAUCUCUGAAUUUGCAGCUUUGGUCUGGAGCUGUAGCAGAUGUAUCCUUAGAUUCAGCCGGAUGCUUAGAUGUCCUGAACUAUAAAUGGGCCUAUCUUCAGAGAACAUUCUUUUGUGACUGUGACAUUCCAAGUCAUUCUUUGACUUUUGAGUGUCUACUUAGUUUACUUCUAAAAUGGGAAUUUGUGGUAACUCCGUGUCUAUGUACAUGUAUUUGUGUUUAUGUGAGCACUCCCCGUGAAAUGUCAGGUCCUUUUAUGUUACCAUCUCCACUCUCCACAGCUGUGGUUAUGUGCUGCCUUCCCUUUCCUUUGUGUGUCAGUUGGUGGGUUGGUGGUGGUUUGCUUUUCAUCUUUUGGCUAGUGUGGAGUAAAGUGGACUCUGGAAGUAACUGCCGGCAGGCAAGCCACAGAAAGGCCCACCAGAGUAUAUGAUGGUUCAGAUGCCUGAAGGAAUGGUUCAGGGGCGUGGCUGGUCUGCUCCACAGUAAUCUUUGUCUGAAUGUGAAGUCAGUUUUCCCAUUCAUUUUGACAGUCAGAAGGGAAAUUGGUUUUAUUCUUGUAACUGGUGAUGAAGAUACACAUGGAGCAAAAAGGGGCAGUAUCAGCAUUUCUGGUGGAUAAUCUCAGAGCUUUUAGAUUGAAAUAAUGGUUUCAAGACCUGCCAGAAGCAGUUACACAGGAUCCUGUGUUAUGAGUUUAUUAACCACUAAGAUCCUUGUCUAAAUUGGUUGUAACUUUCAACUGUUAGAUUUCUUUGGUACUUUUCUCUUUUGCAAUAGGGGAAAAAUUGCAGUUUAGAGUGUCCAGUGAAGACUGUUCAUUGUUAACUGUGGCUUCUGUAACUUCAUCUGUUUCUGUUGAUGUAGAGCACAAGGUCCCAUAUAUACCAUUAUUUUGCCCCUGAUAAAAUAACAACAGCUUGGGAAGACUUUGUAACAAGACUGUAAACAUGACUGUCAGAGCGAUCAUUGCCUGAGCCGGGGGCCUCUAAGGAUACCAACGCUUGUCCAAUGCCACACAGCUAGUGUUCCUUUUGUUCUCAUCAUCAUAGACCUCCUGUGAGUGAUCAGGUAAUUCACUUCAGGUAAUAACCCUGAUAGAAAUGUUUUCGUUGCCAUUUUGAGUUCCACAGUGGGUUCAGAAGUUAUAUCUGAAUCCCCUGAACUUUCUGUGUAUAAGGUAGAGUUUACAUAGUAUGCAGCUUACCUGUGGUAAAUGUAUGAUUGCGUACAUUUGAAGAGUUGUGCAGCCAUCAGCACAGCACAGCUUUAGAGUGUUUCUGUGAUGACAUUAGAGCUUGUUUGGUUUUGUUACUGAGAGUAGAGGGGUGUGUAUGUGCGUUUGUGUUUAAACUCAGGAACGUUUAUAUGUUUUAAGUGUGUUAUCUCAAGUAUUAUAAAAAUGCUGUAAAGUGGGGAAGAUACUAGCAUACAGUUAGGUCUGCUGCUUCUAUAGCUGUGUUAUCACAGGAAAAUAAUGCAAGCCAUAUAUGUAAUUUAAAUAUCCUAGCAGAGGCUGGAGAGGUGUCAAUAGUUAAAGAGCACCCGCUGUUCUUGCAGAAGUCCCGAUUCUGUUCCCAGCACCAACAUGGAGGCUUAUAGCUGUCCAUAACUCCAGUUCUGGAGGAUCCGGUGCCAUCUGGCCUCUGUAGGCACUAGCCAUGCACAGAGUGCAUAUGUGUGUGUGUGUGUACAUAUAUAUAUGUAUAUAUAAAAACACUCAUAUACAGAAAAAAUACACAGCUGAAAUUCAUUUUAGCAGUGUUUUCUUUAAUUGACUAUAUCUAAAAUAUUUCAAUAUGCAACCAAUGUUUUUAAAAAGUUAUUGAGAUACCUUAUGGUCUCUAUUAAUUCUUUAAAGUAGGAUGUGUGUUUUACUGCUGCAGACUAGCCAUACUUCAAGCAUUCAUUAGCCACAUGAGGUCUGUACCUAUUGUAAUGAACAGUUCUACAGUGUGUGUAUCAUUUGUCUUGCUAUAAGGUGAAGUGGACAAUUCAUAAUUGCUUUCUUAAACAGAAACUCUUUAUAGCCCAGCCCUUUUAGUGCUUGCUGAAUAAGAUAUGAUUUCUUUAGAAAUAUAAAUAAAUAAAUUACUGAUUCUCAGUAAAUUAAAAAUUAUUGCCUCAAAAUUAUUUUUGUUAAAAGUAACAUUUGAUAGGACAGUGAAGGAGAUGAAAGAAUAUAGCCUACCAUAUCACUGUGUCGUUGUUUCCUGUAGUUCACAGCUUGCUAAGGAAAGACUUGCCAUAACAUCAGCUUCAGUAGACACUGCUGUUUUAAAACAAUAGUUUCAUCUAAGUGACAUCUUGGUAGGGAAUACUGGUUUUUGUUGAAAUUCUUGAUUAUUCUUCAAUGAUUAAAACAAUACUCAGCAAAAAUAACAGCUGGAGUGUUCUCAGUUCUUUGCUAAGAACCACUGGAGUAUUCGCAUGUAAACAUCAGGAUCUCAUGCCUGCACACAGGGUGUAUUUGAAGUUGGGGUUUCCAGGUGUAAAACUUUAGUCCUAGCUAACAGGGCAUUCUCCAUUUAUCUUCCUUUCUUUUCUACUUGAAGAUUGCUUGACUGUUACUUUGUGAAUUAAACUAACAUCUUGAGGUAUGAAAUGUCCCCGAGGUUAUAGAGAAGAGGAAACACUGCCAUCUUUGCCCCUCAUUGUCUCUUGGGCUAUUAGAGCUGAGAAUUCCCUUUGUUGUGGAUGGCAACUUUCUUGCCUUUCUGAAGGCAUAGUAGCAUCUUUAGGAUCAGGUGCUAAUUCCCUUUAGUUAAAUGGAUGUUGUAGUUUCUGAACCCAGUAGAAAAGGUAACAGAGCCAGAGGCGCUGAUGGAAAUCUGGAUUUGAUGAGGGCUCCUUUAAAACUUCUGUGGGCACUUGUCUAGCCCCUUUCCCCUUCCUUCAUUUCUUCUGCUGUGAGGCUAAGUCCUGGUGCAUGCCAGGACUAAGCUACACUUGUGGCCCCUAAGUGAUCUCACUGGACUUGUAGAAGUAUGGAAUGGUGAGAUUUGAGCAUAGAAAAAACAUGAGCUUCAUUCUAGAGCAUGUGACUGGACUUACAAUUAUUUCAUUAUUGUGUUUCCAGGGAUUUUAUACAUACUGUUAUGUAUUAAAAUUCAUCUCUUACAGUCCAACAAAUGAUGUAUUGAGACCAUUUUUAGGAAGGUUAUUAUUUUGUGAAGCUAUAUAUAUAUGGCAUUAGAAUAAAGAACUAUGUUAUAAAUAAAAUGUAUUUAUUUUUAAAUUAUAGUGGAGUAUAUCUGAAUAAAGAUUUCUAGACACUCUU